AACACACCAGAGCGUCCGUGAUUCCGCGAUCGGAGGAGAGAAGAGAACUGGAUUGACCUUGUUCCCCGAUGUUCAGACGCCCCCUCCUGGUCUAGCGUAGCAUCAAACGCAUGAAGCGUCUCGCGGUUCUGGUUCUGCUCCUGCUUCCGCUCGCAAGGCCUCGGCUCCAAAGCACCGUGAACCGAGAAGCAGAGCAAUCUGCCGUGGUGGCACGACCGACAACAGCAGCCCUCUACACGUACAACCCGGAUGAAGAUGACCUAUUCCAUACGCGAAAGUUGCCGGAGCUUACCAUUUACGUGAAGGGGCACCGAGGAGAAGGAAAGACGGUGGGCGGCGAGCCCACCAACAGAAGCUACUUGAACAACUUAGUGGCGAAUUCAGCAGCGCAAACAGAGGGCCAACUGAGUAAUAUUGCCUUCAUCAAGACACACAAGACUGCUUCAACGACCUUUGCCUUCUUGCUCUACCGGUACGCGCGAAGGCACAACGUGAAGCUGGCCCACUUUGACGACCACAAUUCCGCCAUUCCUCUAAGAGAGGCUGUUCAACAGACGGAAGGCAGACAAGGGAAGGGUAGGUGCGACAUCAUGCACUACCACGUGUCCGCGUUCGGGCAGUUCGAGGGCUCCUGGAGACAAGCCGAGCAGGCGUACCGGAGAAUACUCCGGAACACCAAGGCGGUGAACUUCGUGACGGUUGUCCGUGAGCCGCGAAGCCACCUCCUGAGCUAUUACUACUACUUCCUCCAGCCACAGACGCGGAAAUCCAUCGGGGAGUUCUUGACGCAAGCGAAAAAACCCUUGGAUCCCAUGCACAGGCGCCUAUUCAACCCACUUUCGGCGGAAUUUGGCGUGAAAAGGCGACAGGACCUGCGGUAUGUGCUCGAGAAGGCGCUCCCGAACGCGAAGAUGGUUUUGCUGACAGAGGAGUUCGACGAGGGGUUGAUGGUGCUGCGGCGCCUUUUGAGGUGGGAGAUGGUGGACAUGACGUACGUGAGUGUCUUCAAAACGAAGGUUGGGGCGAGACGGUAUGACGGGAAGCCGCUCAUCAACGCACCCCGCUUCGAGGAUCUUCCGGUGCAGGUGCAGCAAAUCAUCGACCAACACACGGAACUUGACCGGGUGCUGUACAAUGCUGCGAAGUUGGAGUAUGAAAAGCGGAGAGACUUGAUACCGCCACCCCUGCUGGAGGAGGACUUAGUGGAGUUCCACGAGCUUCAGCGAAUAGUCGGUGCAUACCUGGAGGAUAACCCUACCAGCAAGGCCAACGCGAUGUACAAGACUGCCAAUAUCUACGCACAGGAGGACGCAUCGCCCUUUUACGAGUUUUAAGACGCCAACGCCAACGGCGGGGUGGCAGUCUAGACUUUUCAAUUGCUGGGGGCAGAACACGCACGUUAUGCCCAACAGCUUUUACUUUGCUGUUUUGUGUUACGUACGAUAAAUAUCAUGUUUGUGUCGCGGGCAAAUGGCGGUACGAGUUGUGUGUACACGGAUGAUUAGCCCGGAGUAAGAUUUUUUAUUACUCAUUGGCACUCAAAAGGUUGAGAAGUCGAGAGAAAGUCGAUCGAAUUUCAAUCAGAGGAUGAGAUCGGUGCCUCCCGCACCCGUCACGGCGUUACGCGCGGUGUGUGUAUUUUGUAGUCCUUGUGAGUCCACAUCGAUCAGUUUGCUGGUGUGCUAAGUGCUGUGUGCCGGUUCGGCCGUAAUUUUUUAUUCUUGCAUGGGUGGAGAGGUGGGGGAACGGAGGGGGUUGUACCCUUGCGCAUCCGCACUGUGCAGGUGUGAUCGCUAUUUAUUUUUUCUCGAGAUGCUGUCAUAUAGGUGCGGUGUUUGGUGGAAAAGUGUACACAGCAGUGGGUGUUCGUGUGCUUCUGCGUAAGAAGUUAAGAGAACAAUGCCAGCCAAACUAGCUGCCGGAUGAGGCAGAUAAAAUAGUUGCAAUCGUAAGGACGGAGUUUUCGUAUGUCGGUGUGGCCGGAUGAGGUGGGAGUGUAUAAGGUGCACAAUUGGACAGUCUGUUGGUGCAUGAGCGGGCAGGUGGUGGUGGAUUUUGUAAACGAUUUCAGGACAUUGACUCCGGUCGCGUAUUUUUCCUUUUUACCGGACGGAAUCCGAAGGGCGAGUGACGUGACAAACCAGCGUAGCACACGAGAGCAUGAGGUUCCUGGCGUCGAAAAAGUGGGACCUUCGCGCGCGGGUGGUUUCAUGCCGUUUUUACGUGCAGGAAGAGAUUCCACAAAAACCUGAGUCAGCCUUGCAAGACCGGGGCAUGGGUCAUUUUAGAGGGAUGAUCUUAACGUCGACUCCGCUUCGCUUUGCGGAAACGUACAUACACAUUCGGGACAUGGAGCUGUGUUGUUUGAUGUCUCGACCGGUUGUGUGUGUCCGUACUUUCUGCACAAUGUCGCGUCGGGUGCAGGUUAGAUAGAUCAUGAGAGUUCGUCGGGGUGUAAGCAGUGUGGGGUAGGAGGAGCCAUCGAGGUUGGUCCCAAGCCGUGAGCUCGUAACGUGCCUUGUCUGUCGGCGCAAUGUUUUUGUGAGCGUGUCAUUCCUCCAAUUGACACGCACACCUUCCCUUCCUCCCCCGAGUUUGUUUGUAAGCAUGCAUUCGAGAAGAAGGCAUUGCCGGUCACGCGCUGGCAAGUGGACUACUACUAGUCAACGACUGUAGCAAUUCUUUCUGCUGAUGUAAGCCCGGUCGUGUAGAGUCGUGCAUGGGCGCAACGUCCCCCCGUAGACUUGUUUAUGCCUUCGCUUCGAAGCAGGGGGUGUUGCUAUGACAGAAGCUACACGAGUUUUCUGGCAUCCUCGAGUCUCUAGUAUAGCACGGCCGUAAGUCAUGAUAACCUUUAGUGCUCGUCGGUGCCUCUGUUCACUUCGUAUCAUAUGGCGGACGAAGGAUGGUUUUGGUCUUCUUCCUCUUGCGUCUUAGAUUUGGGCACGGUGUCCAUCACCCGAAAUAGUGAGCCUCGGACACUUGCGUCAUUUCAUGUAGGGUCCAGGAUAUCAGGAUAUGUUUUCAUCACCAACAGGGGGGGG